AUGACGUCAUGUGCACAUAAAACGAGACGGACAGCGGUGGUGGCGGCGAAACGGCAGGGGUACUAUGGGAGCUGGGGAAUGGAGGGCGGAGGAGGGCUACAGGCCACGGACCUCCACCGGCGGCUUAUUAAAACGACAUCCAGAAGAACUAAAAGUUCUCGAAAAUUUUUACAGCCCUUAGAGAAUGAAUGUUCUGCGGAAGUUUAUUCUCUCGAUGACGAGAGAUCGAUUCCCUGGACAACAGCAGGCUUCACUUCCGGCCAGCCCACCUGUCUUGGGAUCGGCAAAACACGCGGUAAACGUCAGUUGAGGGCGCAAGACAGCAGCAUUGCGUGGCCAUGUCUUGUUAAAGACAAGUUGGUGAGUCUGAAGCAGGGAAACUAUCGACAAGAGAGUCUGGAAGCAUCAUUUAACAAUUUGAGAAGCGACACUAGUGUAAUUGAGAAUGUGGAUCAAGAGAACGAGGAGAUGGAGAGAAGAAGGUUACGAAGGUGCAGAGGCUUCCGACAAUUUACGGAAAUGCUCGUUGGAACGUUACUACUUGGCGUUGUUCUACUCAUUACACCAGGCCUCUGUCAUCAGGAUGCAGUUCAUAUAACAGCUAUUUUGGGUGAAAGUGUUGUCUUCAAUUGUCAUGUUGAGUUUCCCGGUGAGCAUCCAGUGCCCUAUGUUCUCCAAUGGGAGAAGAAGGAGAUACCAAUAUACAUUUGGUACGAGUCGUAUCCAACCCACAGUGGAGAGGGAUAUGAAGGACGAGUGUCACGAGUCAGUCCAAAUUCUCCAUAUGGAAUCGCGAGCCUCAAUCUCACCAACAUACAAGAAAAUGACCAAGGAUGGUACGAGUGUAAGGUUGUCUUCCUCAAUAGAUCACCGAAUAGUCCAAAAAAUGGAACAUGGUUUCAUCUGGAUGUCCAUGCACCACCAAGAUUUACGAUGACUCCCGAAGAGAUGAUCUACGUUAAUCUAGGCGAUGCAAUUAUAUUGAAUUGUCAAGCCGAGGGCACACCAACACCGGAAAUAGUUUGGUACAAGGACGCCAAUCCAGUAGCGACUUCGAGUACUAUUGGAAUUUUUAACGAGGGCACAGAGCUACGAAUAGCGUCAAUCAAGAACGAUGAUAUCGGUGAUUAUACUUGUAUCGCAAGGAACGGAGAGGGCCAAAUUAGCCAUUCAGCUCGAGUUGUAAUUGCCGGAGGAGCAAUAAUAAUUGUGCCGCCAACAAAUCAAACGAAACUAGAGGGUGAAAAGGCUCAAUUUUCUUGCGAAGCAAAAGCUCUUCCCGGAAAUGUAACAGUCCGUUGGUUCCGGGAAGGAGCUCCAGUGACAGAAGUAUCUGAAUUAGACACUCGAGUGUCGAUACGUAAAGAUGGAAGUCUAGUCAUCAACCCCGUGAGUGCCGAUGACUCGGGUUUUUACCUCUGCGAAGUAACCAACGGAAUCGGUGAACCCCAAAGCGCUACCGCUUAUCUUAAUGUCGAAUAUCCUGCAAAGGUAACAUUCACGCCUACAAUCCAAUUUUUACCGUUUCGAUUGGCUGGUGUCGUUCAAUGUUAUAUUAAAGCCAAUCCUCCUCUACAAUACGUCACUUGGACCAAAGAUAAACGUCUUCUCGAACCUUAUCAGACUAAGGAUAUCGUAAUAAUGAAUAAUGGUUCUCUACUUUUUACUCGCGUUAACGAAAAUCACCAGGGAAAGUACACAUGUACGCCUUACAAUGCUCAUGGAACGCAAGGUGGAUCAGGACCUAUGGAGGUUUUAGUAAGGAAUCCGCCUGUAUUUACAAUAGAGCCUGAGCCAAUGUAUCAAAGAAAAAUUGGCGAAACUGUUGAAAUGGCUUGUGAUGCUCAGGAAGCCGACGGGACUGAAAAACCAUCGAUUCAAUGGCAAAGGGGCAAUGGUACGCCUUUGGAACGUAAUCGAGCGAAAAUGGUCGGUGGCAAUCUCACAAUAGAGGGCUUGCGUCGAAAUGAUUUUGGUUAUUAUCAAUGUGUUGCUUCAAAUGAAGUCGCUGUAAUAGUCUCAUCGACUCAAUUAAUCGUCGAAGGAUCUCAGCCACAUGCGCCUUACAAUGUCACUGGUACCGCUUCGCAGUUUUCAGUGACGCUUCAUUGGCUUCCAGGUUACUCUGGAGGACCCGACUAUAAACAAGACUAUACAAUUUGGUAUCGUGAAGCAGGCACGCCAACUUGGAGAACUCCUAUACCAGUUACUCCUUCUGGUAGUACAUCAGUGACGAUCAAUAGUUUAUCACCAGGGACCUUAUAUGAAUUUCAGGUCGUUGGUAAAAAUGCUAUCAGCGACAAUAUGACGAGUAAAAUAACAACAAUAAAAACGCUCGGUAAAAUUAAUUCUUCACCCCGACGGACACGUAAUUACGACGUUGGCAUCGCCCCUCCAGCAACGACCCCCAUAAAUACUGGAGGGAUUACGUCUGAUCAAAACGCUGGACCAAGACCUGGACCUCCGAGAAAUUUAACUGUCACGGAAAUAAGCAACGGCUUUUUGAUAACUUGGCAGCAGCCUUUGGAGAAAAGUCAUCUUAUUCAGUAUUAUGACAUCAAGUACAAAACUGAUGGACCUUAUAGAACUCUUAAUAAAGGACAAAUUCGACCUGAAGAAACCAGUUAUCUUGUUAAAAAUCUUGUUGGUGGAAGAACGUAUUACUUUAGAGUAUUCGCACACUCGGCGACGACCCAUAGCUCGAGCGAUGAGGUAAAAUUCCCUGUGCCAGCUCGUGUCAAGCACAAGGCCAUCACUGCCGGAGUUGUAGGUGGUAUACUAUUCUUCAUUGUCGCAAUAAUCCUCAGUAUAUGUGCUGUUAAAAUAUGUAAUAAGCGGAAACGACGAAAACAAGAGAAAGAACUGAUUUCAGCAUAUAAUCUGGUAGCCUGCAGGCCCACAGAUGCUCGCAAUGGGGCUGGUCAAGUGCCCCCGGGAACAGUGCCUUUGAAAAAAGCUAGAAAAAGCCGAGUACCAGGUUUGAAUCUUCUCCGUGAAAUCCUGACCGCCGAUAGCCCGGAUACUUAUCGCUGUCGGCCACUCAGCAAAAUAUCCCGAGCAGCAGACGGCCGUUUCGUGAUAGCAGAUUCAGUAAUAAGUUCAGCAAACAAUAGUAUUCUCGACGCAUCCAGUAGCGACGACGGUGGAUUUCUUCCAAAAUCAAGUCGACUCAAGUCAUCAUGGCGACGACCAUUAGUUGGGACCAGUCAAAUGAGCCUGCGUUCCGACGGUAGCGGAGUAUCAGUCAGCAUGCCUCCAUCAGCAUAUCUCGGUAUCAGUAACCCUCUGAUGCAGCCAAUGCAAACCAUCUGCACAAUAUCACCAGGAUUUUUUGCCAGUUCUCCAAACGCUCCAGUUUCCGUUCCAUGGAGUCCUACAACUACUAUGUACCUCAGUGACUUAAGUUCCGUUCGUCAGCCAUCAUCAGUAGAACGAUCCUUCCCAACACCACCAGGUUAUCAUCAACAACUGCGUAAUCUCCAUCAACGUUACAGCCAAGAGUUGCCAUCAUUGAAAGCAAUUCAUGCUGAAUCCCAGCGAUUUAUUCCCGUUCAUCCACUGGCUACAUCAUCGCCACCUCAAACAGCUGGAAGACCACGUGCUAGAUUGCCACCAAGACACGCAAAACAUGCGCGGUCAGCACCAGAAUUAGCAGCGUCUCCAGAUCUCCAUCUAUCAGAAACGUCACCAGAAAGUAGAUCCAGUAGCUCUGGUUUCGGUAGCAAAAAUACAUCCCAGCAAAACCAGAGCUCACGAAGUGGCAGCACCGUCGCGGAAUGGCGGCCGCCUCCUUACCGACCCCCGCCACCGCCACUACUCGGACGAUGGCUUGAACUUCAAGACCAACCGGUAAAAAUACCACAUGGUCAUCCAGCAGUUGAUGUCGGAAGCGUUGAUGGUCACUACGAAUUUGACCCGGUUUCUUGCACACCGACUCCUACUUCAGCGUCAACACCAACUAGGGAAGAACGACCCCCAGUUCAUCAUAUCCAUAUUCAAUUGCCGAUUCACCAGGUUCACACGACUACUGCACACCAUCAACCUUCGAGGUACACUAGGGACUCGAUAGAGGCGAGGGUACAGGCUAUGAAGGCUGAGUUUCAUCAGUUCCGACAGAGACAAGCGAGACGGAAACGAAGUGCGCAGUUGGAGAGUGCGUGCUGAUAAAUAAUUAACAAUAAUGAGAGUGAUUGUUUUGAGUAACGACAAUUGUUUGAUUAAUAUGAAAGUUUAAAUUACAUUUGUUUUUUUUUGUUUACGAGGGGUGUGAUUAUUAAUGUUAAUACUCUGGUUUAAUCAUAAUAUUGAGUGGUCAGAACGUAUAUUAUUAAAUUAAAUAAAUGGAAAAAUAAAAUUUUCGCUACUGUAGAAUUUAACAAUAGGUUGCUAAUAUUCAAAUGCUUCACACACCUAAAGUAUUGACUUAAGACAUUUUAUUGUUAUUUUAAUUAUUCUUUCAAAAAUAGUUAUUUAUUUUUUUUUUUUUUACAAAAAUAUUAAAUUUUGAUUUGGGAAAUUAAUUACGUAAUUUAAAUUUUUAAAUAGAAUAUUUCUAUGGUGUGAAGUAACGCUAGGUUAUGUUUCCCGCCUAACGGAAAUUUGAAUUCAAAUCUCCGUCAGAUGGCCGACGUAACCUAGCGGUACUAUUCCACCAUAACCGAUUAUAGGGUUACCAUCCCGGGAUUUUCUGGACGUGUCCCGGUUUUUGGAGUACCCAGGGCAAGCUGGGCAGGUUUUUGUUGUCCAGUUUUAAAUACAGUCGAACUCUAUUAAUUCGGACAGUUAAUGGAGAAGCGGAAAUUUCUUGGAAUUUAACGGAUGCCCCCUCCCUUAAAAAUUAAACGACGCAUGCGCAUUUCAUCUCUAUGAAUGAUGGAUAUAUAAAUUGUGGUCCCAGUAAGAGAAUGGACCUCAGAAAUCACCCCCACUACCGAACAUUUAUAAACUGCGCAUGCGCAAAGAAAAGUGGGAGAACAUUUAACACAAAACAUCCAGAGUGGGAAUAAAAACCGACGACACCCGAAGUCUAAUGUUUUGUUGGGAAGACAAUAGACACAUACAAAUGUAUAUGAUCUCGUGGGGGUCAAGAUUAAGGGGAAGUUUCGAGACAAUGGAAUCCGAGUUAAUGAAGUUCGACUGUAAUACAGUGGAGUCUUUCUAACUUUGACUGAGACGAAUCCAAAAUUCUAGGAAUUAAAAUUGUAGAAGUGUUCCUUCUUUAUACUCGGUGUGGCUUAAAAAAAGUGAGUCAGUCGAAACGACCCACGAGUUUUUAAAUUUUAAAGGUUAGGUUUUUCCAAAAUUAAUAUGUCAAUUUUAUUGUUGUUAAACUUCUUAAAUAGAGAACCAAUUUUUCCAGUGAAACUCAUUUUUCAUCAAGUAAUAAGUUUUUUUUCAAAUUAUUUUCACAAUGUUAAAGCUUAUUUAACUGAAAUGUUUAUUUACGUCCACGAAUUUAGGGUUAGAAUACUCAGUUUACGCGCAACGCCUACACGCAGGACCACGCUUUACCUUUGCGCAUGUACAGUUGAGUGACAGGGUGGGAGAACACUUUCCCUGUUCUCGGAGGAAAAAGGGAAGUCAAAGUUACAGAACAAAAAAGUUAUAGAGACUCUACUGUAUUUAAAUAAGAAAUUUUUUUAUUUUAUUAAAAUAAUUAAAAAUUUCAAUUAUUCAAAUUUUUUUAAAAAAAUUUCUAAAUUUUGGAUUUCUCCGGAAUUCAAAAAAUUAAGUUGGUAACCCCAUAGACUAGAAAUAAAAAUAAUAAUUUCUCAAUUAAUUUAAAAAUUUUAAUUAUUUAAAAAAAAAUUAGACAGAACAUUUCUUAAAAUAAAAUAAAAAAUGUCAAUAUCUGAAUAAUUUGUUUGCUGCAUUAACGAAUAAUGAAUUAUUUUCCUUGAAUCUAAAGUCGAUUUGCACUUAAAUUUAUUGUGAGAUAGUGAUAUAUUAAGUAGCGGUCUUUUUGAUAUAUUAGUAAUAACAUAAUAAAUAAAAAAAAUAUAUAAAUUUUUUGUAUUGCGUGCCAAGUGUUUUCGGCGGCUCAACGUUAACAUUUAAACGCAAAUAAGGAUCCAUAAUGGCUGUGGGAUUAAACACACGCCAAAGAAAUAAAAGAGUAAAAAUUCAUACGUGCGUACACCUAACGAAGUUAACUUAAUUAUAUAAUUAUAAUUACGUAUGUAAAAGAAGAAAAACUAAAUAAAAUAAAAAUAAAACUAAGAGAAAAAGUUAUUAAUUUGAUGAGCAAUGGACUCGAAACGUGAUAUUAGGCCGAAGCUUGCCUCGAGAUUGCUUAAGGACUCAACAAAAGUUCUCGUACUGCACUGCCUAUUUAGGGUUUCGCUAGCAACCCAACAUAUUAUCGGCACAAUAAUUUUUUCUUAAGCAACGUAAACGAGAAUGAAUAAAUACACGAUGUAUUUUAAAUAAUUAUUAUAUUAUUACCCUGUUGAUUUAAUGGCAUCGUUAAUAAAUAAAUUAUAUCCUUAAAUAUUUUAAGUCAAAAAAAAUUUUUUUUAUUAUUCAAACGCUUCGUACGCUUUGGCUUUUUUAUUCAAAUAAAAUUAUUAUUCAUUUUUUUAUAAUUGCAAUUUUAAAAUUCAUAAUUUUUGUAAUUUUUUAAUUACAUUCUUUUAAAAAUAUCACUCGUUCGCGUUCCGAAAAUGAGGAAUUAAAAAAACAUUUUGUGAUUGGGGUAUUCAUUUUUUUUUUUAAUUAAUAAUCGGGGUCUUUGAAAUGUUUUGGCGCCAAAAUUUGAAAAGAAAAAUUUUGUAAAAUUCUGGAAGGAUUAUAAAAUUUGUUAUGAAUUAUUAAAAUUGUAAUUUAAAUUGGGAGCGCGAAAAUUUGGGUGAGCGGUAGAAAAAUUGGAAAAUUAAUAAAUAAAAUUAAAAAAAAAUUUAAUUUGGAUAAUAAUUUUUUUUAUCUUUCAUUUAAAUAACUCGGAUUUUUUUGAAUUUUUUGGCGCGAAAAAUAUUUUUUAAAAAAUCCCGUAAAUUCUAGAGGACGAAUUAUAAAUUCUUUUAUGAAUUAUUAAAAUUGUAAUUUAAAUUUUUCUCGAAGCGCCAAAAUUUUGGUGGCUUUUAAAAAAAAUACCAAAUUAAAAAAAAAUUUUAUUACGACAUUAAUUUUUAAUCUUUCAUUUAAAUAAUUCGAAUUUAUUCUAUUUUUGGCGCCAAAAAUAUUUUUUAAAAAUUUUGUUAACUUCUGGGUAACGAGUAACGAAUUUUUUUUUGAAUUAUUGAAGUUCUAAUUUUCAUUAUUUUCGGAGCGCGCAAAUUUGAAUGACAAAAAAAACACGAAAAUAAAUAAAUAAAUAAAUAAAAAUUUCUUUAAAAUUUUAAAUCAACGCAAUAAAAAUAUUUUAUCAAAAUAAAAAUAGCUCAAGUGUCAGAAGAGUUUGAAUUAGAAAAUAUUUUUUUUCAUGUAUAUAUAUAUCAGUUAACUACUUAAAAUUUUUGAAAAUUUUACACUAGUACGUUGAUUUUUUAGUCCGAUAAAUUUUAUAUAUGUUGAUAAAAAUAAAACUACUGUCAUCAAUCGAAAAAAUAUAUGCUAAAAAAAUACGAAUAUAAAAAUAUAAUUCGUCCAAGAUUUGAAAAUUCUUGAUGUCUGUAAAAAAGAAACCUAACCUCUGGCACAUUUUAAUUAGUUCUAUCCCAUAUUAUAAAUACGAGUAUAUAUAAUUUAAAAAAAAAUAAAAAAUAUAAAUAAAUAAACAAUAAAAAUCCUUAGAUAAAAAAAUAAAAUAAAAUAAAUUGUUAAAUGUUUCAAUUAUAAUUUACGUAAUUUAUAAAUUUGUCAUCGACUUAUCUAUCUAUCUUUUACUUUUUUUAUAGUACAAACACACAUUUAUGUAUAAAUAUAUAAAAAAAAAAAUAUAUAUAUAUAUAUAUAUAUAUAAAUAUGCAUACAUGAAUAAAUGAUUAAUUAAUUAAUAAAUAAAUAAAUAUAACAAUAAUUGUAAUUAAUAAUAAAAAAUGGUUAGUAAGGGCUCUACUCACGAUUCAACUAUACUUUUACGUACAUAAGUAAUUAAUAAAUAAAUAUAAAUCGACAGUAAUUAAGCUGUCGAUAAAUGCUGUAUGUAAGCUCAUUAAUAGAAGGGUUAAUUAUAAUUAUAAAUAAUUAUUGUGAGAAUGUAAUUAUAUUAUUUAUAAUAAUUAAUAAAUAAUUAGUAAGGUGUGAAGAUGACACAAAAGAGUACCAAUAUUCUAAAGUAAUUCUAAUAAUUGAAUUAAUUAUUUGAUAAUUGUAAAUCAUAAUUAAUUGUAGGCUGUAGCGUAUUAAUCAACGACGAGGCGAUUAUUAUUAUUACUAUUAAUAUUAUUAUUAUAAUUAUUGACGAUAGCAAUGAUGAUGAUGAUGAUGAUGAUGAUGAUUAAUGGCUAUGAGAGUAAAUGUCUUUUUUUAAAUAAAUAAAAUUAUUGAAGAUCGAUCUUUGGUCGGUCAUUGCCGUUGUAUCAUAAAUGAUGAUAAUCAUGAUGAUGAUGAUUGGGAAAUAAAUAAUUUAAAAAAAAUUAAUAGUUAAAAAUAUUAUAAUUAUUAAAUUUGUACUAGUCUGCGUGGUCUCGAUACUUUGCGAAACAAAUUUUGGUUUUUUAAAUUUUUAAUUUUUUUAAUUUAAGGAAGACAUUAAUUGCUUGCAUUGUUUUGCUGAAUGAAUGCCUAGAAUAUUUUUUGGUACAUUGGAAAUUCUCACUGCUCAGUUGCCUACUAAAAUUUAUUUUACGGUUCUAUUGCCUACGUAAAUAUUAAAUAUAUAAUUUAAUUGCAUAAAAAAAUAAUUGCAGUUCUAUUGCCUACAGAAAAAUAAUUCAUGAUGUUCAAUUGAUUGCUAUUUAAUUGUAAACCCAAAUCAAAGAAAUACCUGAUUAAUGUAGACAAGCUCCUGAUUUUGCUGAGAAAAUCUUGUACUUGUUGAGGAGAAAUGACCAACGUUCAAGACCGAUCACUUGAUAAAAAAAAGACGAUUGAUCUGUAAAAUAUCAGAACCGCGGUAGUCUUGACAAAAGUAUAACUCGCCACGUCUAUAAUAAGACACUGGGUUGAAUCUCAUAGUCGACGCAGGGAAUCACCUGAUCAGGUCACUAAUUUCUGAUAGAAAACUCUGUCAAGUUUUCCAGUUGCUAUUGUGAAGACUACCGAGGUUCUGAUAUUUUUCAGACCAGCUGCGUUUUUUUUAUCAAGUGAUCGGUCUUGAACGUUGGUCAUUUCUCCUCAACAAGUACAAGAUUUUCUCAGCAAAUAAAUCAGAAGCUUGUCUACAUUAAUUAGGUAUUUCUUUGAUUUGGGUUCACAAUUAAAUAGCAAUCAAUUGAACAUUAUGAAUUAUUUUUCUGUAGGGAAUAGAACAGUGCAAUUAUUUUUUUAUGCAAUUAAAUUAUAUAUUUAAUAUUUCCGUAGGCAAUAGAAUCGUAGAAUAAAUUUUAGUAGGCAACUGAGCAGAAAUUAUAAUGUACGAAAAAUUUUUAGAGGCAUUCCAUACAUUCAGCAAAAAAAAUGCAGGCAACUGAUCUCCCCAAUUAAAGGCUAAAAAAUUUGUUAAUUAUUUAUUUAAAAUACUUAUGUCUAAAAAAUUAGGCAAGGCAGUAAAAAUUUUGAAGUAGUAAAUAAAAUUUUUCAUAUACACUUAGUGCCUAAAAUAAAUAAUUUAAUUGUAUAAUAAUUAAUUUAUAAAAAUUAAAUAGUAAAAUUAUAAUAAAAUAAAUAAUUGCAAAGCGAUCGGAUUAUUUUUCGCAAAUAAAAUAAAAGUUUUUUAAACAGUUUCCUAUUUAAAAAAUUUAGAGUACCAUUUUUCAAAAUAUUUAAAAAUAACAAGUACGUAAUUUAAAGAAAAUAAAUUAAACAAUUAAUGUUUUUAAAGCGCAAAAGUAAUUUUAAAUUUAAAUUCAAAUUUAAAUUUAAAAAAAAAGUCAUAUAAAAAAUUAGUUUGAGCUUGACGUCAAUUGAAGCGCAAAUUGUCGGGACGACAAUGACAAAUAAAAGGACAAUGUUAAAAGUAAAUAAUUAUGAAAGUGAGAAUUUAAAAUAAAUAAGAGUGAAAGAUAUUUAAAUAAAUAAAUAAAAAGUGAGAUGAGAUUAUUUAUGAUUUAAAGACAAGAUGAGAUACAAAUGACAGUCAACUGCCUCCGUACGACUGUUAUUUUGGUUUCGUGUCGUCCCGCUAUUGUCUAUGUAGACAAAUUAUAGUUUAAGUAAAACUGUAGAUAUAUCAUAGUUAGAUACAACGAUCUCAAGAGGACACACGUGGAUCGCUAAAUCUUUUGGUCACCGUAUCAAGCGUAUGCGCUUUAUUUAAUUGACGCAUAAAUAUAUGCGCUAUAAGAAAAAUAUAAAAUGAAAGAAAUUAAAUAAAUAAAAAUGAUAAAAUGCACAAUUUUUAAAUAUUAUGGUUGAAUCGUGAAUCAGUUGUAAACGAUUUUUAAAAAUAUUUUUCAGCGUUACAACAAUAUUUAUCUCUCUCUUUAAAAAUUAACUAACAUCCAUUACUUUUUUUUUAUUAUUAUCAUUAUUAUUAUUCAUUUUUUUUUUUUUUUUUAGUUAAAUAGUGUCUUAUACAUCAUGUGGAAUCGGUAUUACACUCGAUUUUGCUAGAUGUAUACAAUAGUUUAUGUAAUUAAUGCACGAAGAAAAACGCCGUAAUGUCUAAAGUCAGCGUCUGCAGUCAGAGUUAUGAAAAUAAUUAACUUAAUUAUUAUUAAAAAAGAUUCAUACUUCCGGAAAUUGAAUACUUUGUUUAGUUCUAUACAGUUAAAAAAACUUAACUCAAUAAAAAAAAGUAAUCUUUGGUGUUAUGUCGCAUCAAUUAAUAGAGAUAUGUAAGGUUACAAAAUUCAGCUGACGUUGUCGUGAUCUACGCAUGCGUGUGCUGAUUAAUUAAAUGCGCAUGUGCAGUCUGGGGAUUUUGGUCAUGUUAAUAAGGCAGCUAAAUUCAAAGUGACGUCAUAAGAGAGAAAAGUGAUAGAUAAUUGGCUUGAAUUAUUGAGUGGGGAUAAACUACGCCCAUUUCACUAAAAUUCAGUGGUUUAAUAUAAAAAUGGGCGUUUUAAUAUAUAUUAAACCACUCUUUCGACCAAUUAGAAAGGACUGUAUUUUAAUAUAAAAUUUUUCGAGGCUGACUUUAGCCAGCGGCGUAUUCUUCGGCAUGAGUUACAUAAAAUUUUUUUUGCUGGCAAUUAUUAUAUCGCUGAAACUCAUAUUUCGUGCAUUGACCCACCUACUUCCGUACCUGAAAGCCAUUUGGUGUCGUCCUUGAGAGAUACGCGCGUUUAUUAGUUUUAUUGUUUUAAAUUUUUACGCGGGAAAAACAGUUGUCGAAAAAUUACAGUUUUUACUGCAAAAAUCGGGCUCUCGUAUGAAAAACUUCUUAUAGUUUGCACUGUAAUAAUUCAAAUUACUUCUUGUAAAAAAAUUAUUACAAUAGAUACCAAAUUUACAGUUUCCACCACAAAUUUGAAAUUGGAAGCCUGAUUGCUAUUGAGGACCGAAAAAAAUCUUAGGAAACUGUAACGUCAUCAGUUUCGAAGUCGAGGGACUGAUAUUUGAAACUGUAAUUUUUCUACUAUAUUUUUUCCGUGUAAUUACUCGAGAAAAUUUGCAAUUACAUAAUUUAAUUAUUUAAUAAUUUGUACCCUUAAAUAUUUUAAAAUUCCAAUUUUUUUUAUUUUAUCAAAAUUGUGCAAAUUUUAUCUAAAAAAAAAUUAAUCGUGUAAAAUAUAUAAAUUGUAAAAUUUUAAUUACACAAAUUAAUUAUGUAUGACUUAUUUUCUUGAGUAGAAAUUUUAAUUGAUUAAUUAAAAGAAAUACCUGAUUAAUACUCGAAAAAUAAAAUUUAAAAAAUCUCAUGGCUGUCGGGAACGGAUCCACUGGCCUUGCGACCGUAAGCGCGAUAUUAUUAUUUUUAUUAAUUAUAAAUUAAAAUAAUUUAAUUAAAAAAGUUUCAGUACAAUUUAAUUAUUGUAAUUAAUUAUGUAAUAUUAUUUUAUAAUUGUAUAAUUUUAUAUUUUUACAUUUAUAUUAAUAGAUUUUAAAAAAAUGUCAUUUAAAUCACAAU